AGUUUUAAUACUUUCAACACUACUUUAUAACAAAUAAUUUGAGGAUGACUGAAAAAGAAAUGAUCUAGUACAAGGAACCAAAGUCCUGUUGAAGAGACACUAUGGCAUGGCAGAGUGACCAUGACAGUUAGCCUCCCUGCGCAGCAAGUAUGCCUGCUGCGCAAGGCGAUUCCCAUCCCCACUGGUCAUGGGACUGGUCAGCUUAUUAAGGGAGAAAUAGUCACUGUAAUCAGUAGUCAUGGCGAAGAAUGUACCAUAUCUCUGCUCAUGGAUUCUUCUCAAGUCUAUACUUGUCACGAAAAAAACUUAAAGACGGUUCCCUACGACAUAGUUAAAUUCUUGCUUCCGGUAAUCCCUUGUUCACGCCGCUAUGAGGCGUUCUCAAAACUGGACAAGAUGCUACUUACACUGCCAAUGGGAUCUCUUGUGAACAUCAGCAGAGGUAGACAGAAUACGACUGUAGUGGGAGAGCUGAAGUACAGAGGUGAGAUCAAGGAUCGACUAGGAGUGUGGUUUGGCCUGAAACUUGUUGGUCUAGCUGCAGGUUGUGGUGAUAGUGAUGGAUCUAUCAAAGGAGUCUUCUACAUGGAGCGCUGUCCUGUUAGCUCUGUUGUGUUUGCUACUAUUGAUGAGAUAUCUAUCAAAGGAUCGGAUUCCCUUCAAGACUCAACCCUAUCCAUGUUGAGCAACAUGGGGGAUAUUAAAGACAAAACCCUGACCAAAGUAUCUAAAACUCUCCCUGCCAGUGCUCGAGCCAGAAGAUCUGAACCGAAAUCAAAUCAGGUGACGUGUAACUUCUGUGAGGGAGAUCAGGUGAUAGUACUAAAGAAGAAGUUACCUGCAGAACCCGGCGUCGUCAGAGCUGUCUUUCAGGACGCAAAAAAACAGUGGAUAUUAGGUAUAGAACUAGACAACCCUGUGGGAGACAGCAACGGAAUGUACAAGGGUCGGCAGAUGUUCACAUGUGAAGCUCGGUUUGGUAUAUUCUGUGACACAACCGAGGCAAUGCCCAAACACUACUACGAAUCACCCCGAGUCCAGAGUCCCACCCCGGCUUCUCAACCUAAUCACAACAGAUCAGCAUCUUACGGAGCUCCUCCACAAGUCACAGCAGGAACUGUUUCCAACGACUUCUCCAGCCCACCUCCCAAUUACAACGAUACCUUUAACUCCCACCCUGUCGUCAGUAACACCCAGUCACGUGAGCAACCCAUACCCCGCUCCCCUAAACCUGCCCGCGUCAAGUCACCCAAACAUGACUUUGAGUCUGCCUUCAGAAUGCGCUCUCCCACUCCCUCGAACAAUAAACUACCUGCUGAUUUAGUUCACAGUAUAAACACACUGUCGUUAGCUGGUGGCAGUAAUGUUGUUGAGGACUCAAUGUUAGAUAACUCUCAAAGAGUAGAGUUAGCCUCCACUAAAGCCAGGUCGUACAGCCCCAAGCUGGCUCCCGAGACCCCGGACCCACCUCCAGAGAUAGACUACACGUUAGAAGUUGGCAGCAUGAUACAAGUCAGUAAAAGCAAUGUAGUUCACUACGGUGUGUUACGUUGGAUUGGGCACCUGCCCGGUAAGAAGUAUCUGUGUGCUGGAUUGGAGCUGGAGGAGGAGAUAUCACCACCUGGCAACAAUGGAAUGUAUGAGGGAGUGAGGUAUUUCACAUGCCCGCCCUUCCGUGCUCUCUUCUGUUAUCUUCACGACUGUUCGAAAGACAGGCGAUUUGAAGAAAUGCCAGUACAGCCGGAAAUUAAAACAAAUUACUUCGGACCAAAAGAAAGUCCUGUUAUUGAGGGAAAGGUAGACCCCCCUAAGUACAUAUCCCCAAUGUACAUUGGCCGGAGUAGAGGUAUACAGGGAAAUAAAAACUCGUGCUAUUUAGACGCAACUUUAUAUGGAAUGUUCGCUUUUACCAACACGAUGGACUACAUCUUGUCGACCCCCGUUGACGGUCACAUUAAUCAGACGAUACAGAAAAUACUGAGAGAAUCAGUUGUUAAUCCCUUGCGGGAGUGUGGGUUUGUGGGGGCGGAUCAUAUGAGGAUAUUACGGGACUUGAUGAGCAAGAGUUCUACUUUAGUUGGGUUGGAGGAUGAAGAGAAGGAGCCCGAGGAGUUGCUGAACGUCUUAUUCACCGAGAUAUUCAAUAUCAAACCUCUUCUGUCAUUCAGGGACGGCGCUAAUGAGAUCUCGCAUGUGAAUUUGUGUCAGAUACUGUUGGAGAGAGACCCACACAGUUCCACCAUGCCGCACACUCAGGAUCUACUUACAAGAUACUUUGUCAGUCAAAACCUAUUCUUUCACACUCAACCUGAUCUUUUACUCUUGCAGGUGCCAAGAUCAGGAAAAGACUUCAAAUUAUACGACACAGUGUUGCCCAGUGCAGAGCUUCAGUUGGGAGGUCUUUGUGGUGGUGUCUGGGGCUCCUGUUAUAUCUGCAACAAGAAACCCUUCAUGAAGUGCCCUCAAUGCUACAUCAACCAGGAGUUUAAACACAAGUACAGCGCAGUGCCGUAUUGUGAGCCGUGUUGCACUUUAGUGCAUUCUCAUCCGGACAGGCAGAGUCACGUACCGGAGAGUGCAACUAACCCCACACGUGGUAUACGAAUGGUGCUUUCUGCUGUGUUGUGUAUACACACCAGUCAUUACGUAACCUAUUGUAGAGUUCCUGCACCUCCUCCUCUAGUUCCAGAAGAGAUAGCUGGAUCAAGUACGAUCUCCCCAUCUCCCCACAGCCCCUACUGCUGGGUCUUCUUCGACAGUAUGGCUGACCGAGAGGGCGGUAUGGGUGGGUACAACAUUCCCCAAGUAGCGGAAUGUCCCCAGCUCGAGGAUUGGCUACAGAACCCUGCCAAGCUACUUCACGAAAAGGAUAGGGCCCCUGACUUUGUUAAGAGAUUAAUAUCUGAUGCUCUCCUUUGUUUUUACAUUAGGGAGAAAGACACAUGAUAAACUUAGGGUUUUGUAGAAAUUAUGACAUGCAAUGAAAUCAGAUAUUUUACGUUCAGAGAUCGGAUUUGGACCAUGUAGGUUUGGCAUAGACGGACAAAUUAGUUAAGUGGCUAUUUUGCUUGUUCAUUGGUUACGUUAAUGUUUGUUUUUACGUUAAUGUUCGUUUUAUAUCAGUGUUUUGGAGUACAUAUCAGUUUGUGCUAGACAGGUCACUCUAAUUAUCACGACAUAUGUGCGGUCAUUUUAUACUUCCUUUAUGACUGAGUCGGCACGGUUUCCUAUCAGUUUUUGGGUUUGUUUUCGCCCUAUUAGCAUAAAAUUACUUUGAAGCAGCUUGUAAACUUUCUCUUCUGUUUUGCUGUAAAUCUUUUUAUAAAAUCAGGUUAUGUUCACUAAAUUCUCAUUA